AUGUUCACCAAAUCAUGGGCGUCGUUAGCAUUACUUUUGAUCGUACAGACAAUAGGAUUAGGUCUUUUUGCUAAAGGAUUCUUUCCAUACAAGACAAACUUGUCUGGAUUUGCUACUCUGAAUGACAUCCCCCCAUUGCCAGAACAUGGAAAUGCGACGCCAAAGCCAUCAUUUGAUAGACUCGUUUUUAUGCUGGUGGACGCAUUGAGGAGUGAUUUCGUGUUUGGUGAAAGUUCAGAGAUGAAAUUUGUCCAAAGCCUGAUCAUCAAUCGUCAUGCAAUUCCAUUUACUGCACUGGCCACAGCUCCCACUGUCACACUACCACGUAUCAAGGCGCUUACAACAGGCACCGUACCCAACUUUCUUGAUGCAAUAUUGAAUAUUGCCGAAUCAGACACUUCUACUUCGCUCGCGUAUCAAGACAACUGGCUUGUUCAAUUAAAGAAUUCGGCCAACAAGUCUAUAUCAUUUUUUGGUGACGACACUUGGAUAAAAUUGUUUCCUGGAUUAUUUGACAGAAUUGAUGGAACGACAUCAUUUUUUGUUUCGGAUACAGUUGAAGUCGAUUUGAACGUGACCAGAAAUGUCAUACCUCAGCUGACAAGAAAUGACUGGGACGUGUUAAUAUUUCACUACCUUGGUCUAGAUCAUGUUGGUCAUUUGAGUGGACCACGUAGUCCAUUAAUGACACCCAAACAGCAGGAAAUGGACAAUGUCGUCAAAGUCAUUUACGACACAAUUACAGAGCAAGAUAAAGAAAGGAAACGACUGAACCCUAAUGCCAAGCCCACGCUAUUUAUUCUUGGUGGAGAUCAUGGAAUGAACGAGGCAGGAAAUCACGGUGGCUCAUCCGCAGGGGAAAUUACAACCGCUCUCGUCUUUAUGAGUUCGGAAUACGGCUUUUUUAAAGCGGUACCUCAAACCUUUACAGUACCUCAUAAUGUACCGUACUUUCAAUAUUACCAAGUUGUAAAUCAAGUGGAUCUAGUUCCUACACUUUCUUAUUUAUUUGGGAUUCCAAUACCCAAGAACAGUCUCGGUAAAAUGCUGCUGGACGUUUUAAGUGAUCACGAUGUAUUCGAUCAGCUGCGAGCACUCCAACUGAACGCUCACCAGAUUGCAGGAAUUUUGACAUCAAACUGGGCUUCGUUUAAUAGACAUCCCGACGUGGUUGUAGUGACAGCAUUAGACUUUCACUUGCAUUGUCCUCGAGAAGAAGAAAAUGAUCAGGAUAGACUUCAGUGUUUAUAUAAAGUUGCUUAUUAUUACCAUGCAUUGGCUCUCAAGGGUGGAGACAAGAAUGCUGUCGAUCAAGCAAUUCGAUCUUAUCAGAUGUUUAUUAGCGAAGCAAGCUCUAUACUAUCGGCAACAUUCAGUGAAUAUAAUCUCGGCUCGAUGUCCAUGGGGAUAGGAUGCAUUCUAAUAACGGUCGUUUGUUUAACGAGCAUUGCAAUGGAUAGUUCAUAUGCUAUUUUCGGCAAAUCAAACAACCAGGAUAUUGGAGGUUGGAAGACCACUCAAAUUUUUUCAUGGAUUGGAAUCGUGCUUUUAGCAAUCGUCAUGUUUGCUAGCAGCUACGUUGAAGAGGAGCAUCAGUUUUGGUAUUUUUGGAUGCAGACAAUGUGGGUCAUAUGGUUGCAUGAUAGUCUCAAAAAUAAUAUAGAUAAGAAAUCGAUCAUCUUCUGUAUCGGUCAGAUGCUACUUGUACGUUUGAUACGUACAUGGAAUCAGACGGGUCAGAAAUACGCGGGUUUAAUAGACCUGAAAUAUUAUCUAAAUUCAUCGUAUGUCCAUACGAUGUGGUUUAUAGUUUUUAUAGUCGUAAUUGCACUCUUCUUAAUCACACUCGAGGAAAUAUGGAGUUUGGCAAAUGCCAAGUCUCGCAAGAUAUUGGUAAUGCUACAAUGUCUGGCUUCAUUGCUGGUUCUCCUGAUGACAGUAUUGGUAGUCGAAUAUAAGCUGGAUAUGGAUGGCGGCAGGGCUGUGAUGCCCGCGUUUUGUCAGCCAUUCUCGCGAUUUGCUGGUCAUUAUUUGAAACCGUUUGCGGUUGCAAGAUUUGUAUAUGCUGCAUUACUAUGUUUCGUGGGAGUUGCUGUAAUAACCGAUUUGGUUCAUAACAACAACGCGCAGAAAGGAGAACAAACUACAAUACCGAUGAUCCUAUUAUGUUCAGUAACAUAUCUUCUUAUACUUCUUGCCAAACCACAUAAUGUUAUACUUUUUGCACUAUUUGCGAUGCAAAUGAAGCUCUGGAUUUUAUGGCAACAAAAAAUAUCAUCCUCCGGUUCAUCGUUACCGAAAUUUGCUAAUCAUUUCACUCUCAUUGUGUUAGAGCACAUGUCAUUCUUUGCCCUCGGAAAUUCAAAUUCCUUAGCGUCAAUAGACAUCAGUCACGCCUACACAGGUGUCAACAGAUAUGAUGAAGCUACGGUUGGUCUUUUGACAUUCAUUGCAAACUGGGCUGGACCUAUUUGGUGGGCUUUUGCUGGGGUAGUGAUCCAUAACCGAGUAUUUAAUGUAGACAAAAUAGCCAAAGAAAAAGAUCCAAUUAGAAAUAAUUUAUUUGGGCGAACGUUGUUGGAGUACUUGUUUGAUUCGACAUUGUUUCAUGGCAUCGUAUUGUUAUCUCUAUCGAUUGCCGUAACCAUUUUAAAAACUCAUCUGUUCAUUUGGACGGUAUUUUCACCAAAGUAUCUGUAUCAGAUAAUAUGGAACAUGCUAUUCCAUUUUUUUGUGGAGGUGUGCGGAGGUGUAUUAGUCAAUAUGUUAUUAGUCAAAUAA